AAGAGGCUGGUGACUAGCGAGUGGCCAUUAUCAUCUCUCUCUCACCCACGCGCAGAGGAACGGAGGGCGAGAAGGGAGAGGAUGACGACGACACUUUUCGCCGCUCCGCCGUAUCGCCACCACCACCCUCUCUCCCAUCGGCAUUGCUUCAACCACGGAGCUUCGCGAUUGGACUUGUGCGGUCUGUCGAAUCGUAUCGGUCAUGCUCCUUAUAAGCUCAAUUUCUCCGUCUCUUCUACUUCGACUUCUUCUUCCGUUGUGGAAGAUGGCCUCCCUCCUCCUCUUCCGCCGCCGCCGCCGCCGUCUGACUCCGCUCCUCUCCAGCCGGACUCCGCCCUCGAAGCCGGUGACGUCGCUGCUCUGAGGGGUUGCAAGGCCUGUGGGAGAGAGGAACUAGAGAGGGGAUGCAAUGGAGAGGGGAGGAUACAAGGUGGCAUUGCGACGGUUCCAGGCUUUGGUUGGUGGCCGAUAAAGGCUUACAGGCCUUGUCCUGGAUUUGUAGCAUCUGGUGGACGGUAUCGCCGGCAAGGGCAAAGCAUGGAUGAGGUUGCUUUUGGAAGAGGCGGUUCUUCAUUCGGUGAUGAAUCUAAGUCAAGGUAAAGUUCUAAGCAUCAACAUGUUUCAAACUGGGUAAGCUACUGAUGAAUUCUACAGUAAGAAAGGGCGAGAUCGGAGGAAACUCGAGAGGUAAUACUCACCCAUCCAGGAUAGCCGGACAAGUUCACGAUCCUACUGGUCUCCUGGGAUAUACCCGAAAAGCCGGAAGAAAGGAAAGUGAAGGGAUGAAUGUAUAUCACCUGUGACCAGUCCUCAUCUUUGCUAUAUGUCGGGUUUCUGAUGCAUGGAUUGCAGGGUUCGGUGAUGAUCAAUGUAUAUUUCUUGUUGACAAAUUAUACACAUUAUCCUUGAGUCUUGAUUUCUAUGCCUUUAACUGCACUGCAA